AUGUCAAGAAUACAAAAAAUAUCAAUAGGAUUGGCAAUAUUAUACGGACUGAUGUUUUUAUGGGUUGGUGUAUAUAGGUUUUUUUCUAUUUAUCAAACCAUCAAUGUCCAACAAUACAUUGGAGAAAAUCAAAGAGAAAACAAUCAAGAGUUUAAAGCUUUUCUUCCAACUUCUAGUUGUUUAGAUUACAAAGAAUUGAUAGAUGUUUAUAGAAAUAGAACAGAAAAGACCAAGGAUGUCAUUUAUUCACAAGAGUUGGUAUUCAAUUCUUUCUCUUUGAAAAUUGCCUCUAAAGAGUCAGCCAAUCCAAAUGGAACUUGGAUUGAUUGUGAUCAAAAUACUGGUAAAUCAAAAUUCAAACAUAUCUACAAGUUUUCAAUUCCAUUUGUUGUCAUGUCACCAUUUGAUAUGAUCACAAUGUUGGUCAAUCAAGUUUUGGUUCUUUGGGAACCAGUUCUCUCAAAUUUAUAUCAAGUUAGAAAAUUAAUGGUUAUAGAAAUGAUCAUUUUGACUUGUCAAUUUUUAGUUCAUUCAACUCUAUUAUUUUAUUAUCUAUAUAGAUUUGUACCAUCCCUUCGAGAGGAUUUAAAAGAUUAUCCUAUUUGUUUUAAUAAUACAAGUUUUCAAAAUUUUUGUAAUGGUGAUUUAAUUGGUGAAAAUUUAAAUUUUAAAAAUUUUAAAAAAAUAUCAUGGGAUUUUAAGAGUAUUAUUUAUUGCGAAUCUAUAAUCACAAUUGUACUUUUUAUUUUAAUCAUUCGUGUUAAUGAUAUUAUUCUUAAAGAUAUAGAAAUUCAACCAAAUCCAUCAGAACAAAUAGUAAACUAA